CGCUGACGAUGUGAUAGACAGAUCGCAUCAUGACGAUCGACCCCAAGGCGCUCGGCCACAUCCUCGCGCACGAUGAGGUAUACCAGAAGCCGGCGGGAUCGCGGUUCAAUCUGGCGCAGACAAUUGGGCCUGGGCUACCGGUCACAGAGGGUGCGCACCAUCGCCUGCAGCGCAGGAUUAUGAAUGCUGCCUUCGGCUCGGGGAGCAUCAGCAGGGUCACCGGUGUCAUCGUAGAGAAGUCCGUGAAGCUCUGCGAAGAGUGGAAGAAGGAGAUCAAGCAGUCUGAUGGUGUAGCGCGUAUCAACGUCAUGCACGGUCUGUCAAAUGCUACGCUAGACGCGAUGGGCAAAGCCGGUUUUGGCUACGACAUCGAUGCGCUCGACGCCCAGCACGGCAACCUGAACGAACUACUCGUCGCCUUCAAUACCUUAUUCGACGUGCAACACGCAUCCAGGGCGAAGCUGUUGCUACAGAGCUGGAUUCCUGUCCUUCGACUUCUGCCCUCUGGCCGCAAGAAAGCCCUCGAUGAAGCGCAGGGAACUUUAGACGCAAUCGGUUCUCAGCUCCUCGGUCGUGCGAAGUCCGCCACAGAGCAGGAGCAAGGUGCGGGAAGCGACGCUGCUCGAGACAUAUUCUCCAAUAUUCUGCGCACAAAUGCAAGGAUGAAGGAGGUGGACCGGCGGAUGACGGAUGAAGAUAUACGCGCCCAGGUGGCUGCCUUCCUGGCGGGUGGCUACGAGACGACCAGCACGGCGAUGACCUGGGCGCUCUUUCAACUGUCUCGUUCGCCAGAAAUGCAGAAGCGCCUGCGCGACGAGCUGCGCUCGCUGCAAACCGACGAGCCCACGAUGGACGACCUGAACUCGCUCCCUUUCCUAGACAACUUCGUCAAAGAGGUCUUCCGGUACUACCCGUCUUUCACCUGGUCGGCGCGGGAAGCUUUGCAGGACGAUGUGAUACCACUGCAAGAUCCUUUCGUCGAUAGGCGAGGACGGGUUUGUCAUGAGCUUAGAGUACGAAAAGGACAACACUUCCUCGUCCCAUACCAUUCGGCGAACAGGAGCAAAGCUAUUUGGGGCGAGGAUGCAUAUCAAUUCAAGCCCGACCGAUGGGAUUACCUCCCCGACACCGUCAAGUCUAUGCCUGGGAUUUGGGGAAACACCCUCGCGUUCUCCGCUGGCGCGCAUGCCUGCAUUGGGUUCCGCUUCGCUGUUGUUGAAAUGAAGUCCCUCCUCUUCUUCCUCGUCAGGCACUUCGAGUUCGAGUUGGCGGUGCCAGUGGACGAUGUGCGAAUCCAGGUGUCUUUGGUGCAGCGUCCGGCGCUCAGAAGUGAACCACAUGUGGCCUCGCAGCUGCCAAUGCUCGUGCGUGUCGCAGCCUAGGCGAAGUACAGUAUGUACGAUGGGACUCUAUGCGUAGUUCUUCUCCUGAAAUCAGAGUCUCUUAUCGAGGUCCGACACAGGCACUCUUUGUAUGCUCUGUCACUCCGAAUCUGUAGGCCUUUCCUAUUCCGAUGUAGUCCGAGUCUGUACCCUACAGCAAGCUGCUGAUCAACUGUGC